UCACGGACCCGGAACAGCACAGCAAGAUGCAGCGGGACAAAACAAGCAAUGCCGCGGCUGAAAAGCCUGACCGGGAGGCCGCCAUCAUGUCCAAAUACUACGACGGAGUGGAGUUUCCGUUCUGCGACGAGUUCUCCAAGUACGAGAAGAUGGCUAAGAUCGGCCAGGGCACAUUUGGGGAGGUGUUUAAAGCCAAGCACCGGCAGUCGGGGAAGAAGGUCGCCCUCAAGAAAGUGUUGAUGGAGAAUGAGAAAGAAGGGUUCCCAAUCACGGCUCUGAGAGAGAUAAAGAUCCUUCAGCUGCUCAAACACGAGAAUGUGGUCAAUCUAAUAGAGAUCUGCAGAACCAAAGCCACUCAGUUCAACAGGUACAAAGGAAGCAUCUACCUGGUGUUUGACUUCUGCGAGCACGACCUGGCCGGACUGCUGAGCAACGCCAACGUGAAGUUCACGCUGGCAGAGAUCAAGAAGGUCAUGCAGAUGCUGCUCAACGGGCUCUACUACAUCCACAGGAACAAGAUCCUCCACAGAGACAUGAAGGCAGCCAACGUGCUGAUCACCAGAGACGGCGUCCUGAAGCUGGCCGACUUCGGUCUGGCUCGAGCCUUCAGCCUGGCGAAGAACAGCCAAGGGAACCGCUACACCAACCGGGUGGUGACGCUGUGGUACCGCCCCCCCGAGCUGCUGCUGGGUGAGCGGGAUUACGGCCCUCCCAUCGACCUGUGGGGGGCGGGCUGCAUCAUGGCUGAAAUGUGGACCAGAAGUCCCAUCAUGCAAGGCAACACGGAGCAGCACCAGCUGACGCUCAUCAGCCAGCUGUGCGGCUCCAUCACUGCGGAGGUGUGGCCCGGCGUGGAUAAGUACGAGCUGUACCAGAAGAUGGAGCUGCCCAAAGGCCAGAAGAGGAAGGUGAAGGACCGGCUGAAGGCGUACGUCAAGGACCCGUACGCCCUGGACCUCAUCGACAAGCUGCUGGUCCUGGACCCCUCGCAGCGCACCGACAGCGACGACGCGCUCAACCACGACUUCUUCUGGUCCGACCCCAUGCCCUCCGACCUGAAGAACAUGCUCUCCACGCACAACACGUCCAUGUUCGAGUACCUGGCGCCGCCCAGGCGGCGAGGCCACAUGCCGCAGCAGCAGCCCAACCAGAACAGGAACCCGGCCACCACCAGCCAGACCGAGUUCGACCGCGUCUUCUAGACACACGGACCUCCCGCCUCUGAUGGCCAGACUUUGACGCUCGCUCACUCAUUCACGAACUGCUGGGGAGCUUCACCUUCACCCUUUGAUUGUUAAUCAAAUGUGUCGGGGUUUUUUUUUUUUUUUUUUUUUGCAUUUGUCACAACAGUAUUCUUCGAUAAACGCCGGUUAAGCUCUGUUCUCAAGUCUUUAUUUAUCAUCCAUGUGUGCAUCUUGUAUUUAAACCCUUCACUCAUUUCUUUACGUAGGUCUGAAAGCGACAUUCUCGGAAUUAAAGGCUUAUUUUUUCUUACUCUGGGUGCAUGUGUCUUCUGGGACCAGCAGGGGGCGCCGCAGACACAAACAUCAGAUCCCUGUGUUCACUGUGAUUCAUCACUUCAUCAGCAGCUGUGAGCAUCCACAGCCAGGGAAAUGUGACUCCUCUUCUGCACAUGAGAGAACAGGGAUGUCAAACAUAUGGCCUGUGGGCCCAAACCGGUCCCCACGAGGCUCCAAACCACAAAUGGCAAAUAGUAUUGAUUUCAAAGAAAACACUGAACUCUGAGGGUUUUAUUAUUAAAACUGGCUUUAUGUUGAGCUUCUAAUAAUUUCCAGGAGUAUUUGUUUGGUUUUGUGAAAAUAGAUUUUUUUUCAUCAUAUUGAUCAUAUUGAUAUAUAUAUACAUAUAUAUGUACUCUGCAUCACAGCAAAGAACACAUGUAAAAUGGUUAUUUUGACCUGAAGACCAGCUGAACAGGAAACGACAGGAAUCAGUGUGAAGAGUCUGAAUCACUGCUGCUUCCUUCACAUCAGGGUUUUCCAUCGUCUCCUUCUUUCAGUAAAGUCGGAAAGCUUGAAGAAAACAGAGGAUGAUUCAGA